AUGAAGAGUACAGAUUUUGAGAUGAGGCUUGUAGAGAGGUACGGGACCGGGGUGAUACCAAAAGAGGAUAUUGAGGGCAUACUGAGCGAGGCUGUUGAGAGCAAUGUUAUAGAGAGGGACGAGAUAGGGAGAUGGGAGAAGGACGAGGAAUAUACUGUUCCAAGGUUGCUUUGGCUGAUGCGGAAGUGGAGGACGGACUUUCUCAAGGACUCGUUUAGCAUAAAUGACAUUUCCUGUAAAGAUGAGGAGUGCUGUGACGGCGGAUGUACGGACGAGAGUGAGCUCAAGAAGUUUGAGUACAACGGGGAGUCCGACGCCAAUGGCUCCUUCAUGACGACUGAUGAGGCAUUCCUGUCUUCUCUUCGAGACAAGACAAGGAUGAUCACAUCAAGAAGGAGCAACAAUGGAAAGAGGAUUGUGAGAAAUGUUUUGAGGGCAUGGGAGGAGUAUGAGAGGCUUCCAACAAAAAGGAGAAGCCGAAGGUGGUAUUUUCUUUGCUUCCUGGCCAUUCCCAUAUAUUUCCUGUAUGCCCAAAAGCCAUUUUGA